AUGGCCGCCGCCACCGCAAGAACCAUGACGAUGGCGCCCGUCGUUGUCGUCGUCCUCGCCGCCCUCGCCCUCUGCUCGCUCUCGCUCGCCACUACAGCCGGCGAGGUGUCGUCGUACGUGGUGUACCUCGGCCAGCACGCGCACGGCGCGGCGCUCGGCACGCACGGCGCCGAGGAGCUGCAGGCGCUGGAGCGCGGCGCCGCCGAGGCGCACUACGACCUCCUCGCCGGCGUCUUUGGCGGAGACAAGGAGAAGGCGCGGGAGGCGAUCUUCUACUCGUACACCAAGCACAUCAACGGCUUCGCCGCCAACCUCGACGCCGCCGCCGCCGCCGAGAUCGCCAGGCAACCCGGCGUGAUCUCCGUGUUCCCCAACCGGGGCCGCAAGCUGCACACGACCCGGUCAUGGCAGUUCCUCGGCCUCGCCGGGCCCGGCGGCGUCCCCCGCGGCGCGGUGUGGCGGAAGGCCAAGUUCGGCGCCGACACCAUCAUCGGCAACUUCGACACAGGUGUGUGGCCGGAAUCUGAGAGCUUUAGGGAUGAUGGUCUGGGGCCAGUCCCAUCCCACUGGAAAGGAGCCUGCGACAAAGGCCAAGAUGAUAAAUUCCAUUGCAACAGGAAGCUGAUCGGCGCGCGCUACUUCAACAAGGGCUACGCGGCGGCGGCGGGCGCGCUGAACGCAUCGACGAACACCCCGCGCGACCCGGACGGGCACGGCACGCACACGCUGUCCACGGCGGGCGGCUCGCCGGUUCCCGGCGCGUCGGUGUUCGGGUUCGGCAACGGCACGGCGUCGGGCGGGUCCCCGCGCGCGCGCGUGGCGGCCUACCGCGUGUGCUACCCGCCCGUGAACGGCAGCGAGUGCUUCGACGCGGACAUCCUGGCGGCGUUCGACGCGGCCAUCCACGACGGAGUGCACGUGCUGUCGCUCUCCCUGGGCGGCGACCCCUCCGACUACUUCGACGACGGCAUCGCCAUCGGGUCCUUCCACGCCGUCCGCCGCGGCAUCGCCGUCGUCUGCUCCGCCGGCAACUCGGGCCCCGGCCUCGGCACCGUCUCCAACCUCGCGCCGUGGCUCUUCACCUCGGGCGCCAGCACCAUGGACCGCGAGUUCCCGUCGUACAUCGUCUACGACCGCACAAAAAAGGCCAAGGGGCAGAGCCUGUCGAUCACGACGCUGCCGGAGAAGACCUCGUACCCGUUGAUCGAUUCGGUGAAGGCUGCAGCUGCCAAUGCAACCACUAAGGACGCGCAGCUGUGCAUGAUUGGGGCGCUGGACCCGGCGAAGGCCAAGGGCAAGAUCGUGGUGUGCCUGCGCGGGAUCAACCCCCGGGUGGCCAAGGGAGAGGCGGUGAAGCAGGCCGGCGGCUUCGGGAUGGUGCUCGCCAACGACGUCACCACCGGCAACGAGAUCAUCGCCGACGCGCAUGUGCUCCCGGCCACGCACAUCAAGUACCGCGACGGCCUGCUCCUCUACAACUACAUCAACUCCACCAAGAAUCCGACUGGCUUCAUCACUAAGCCGGCGACUGUCCUUGGCACGAAGCCGGCGCCGUUCAUGGCCGCCUUCUCGUCGCAGGGUCCCAACACCAUCACCCCAGAGAUCCUCAAGCCCGACAUCACGGCGCCCGGAGUGAGCGUGAUCGCCGCGUGGACGCGCGCCAACUCGCCGACGGACCUCGCCUUCGACCCGCGGCGCGUGGCCUUCAACUCGGAGUCCGGCACGUCCAUGUCGUGCCCGCACGUCUCCGGAGUCGUCGGCCUCCUCCGCACGCUCCACCCGGAAUGGAGCCCCGCCGCCAUCAAGUCGGCCAUCAUGACCACAGCGAUUGAGGUGGACAACAAGGGAGAGCUCAUCCUGAACUCAUCGUCCCGGUUGUCGAGCCCCUUCGGCUACGGCGCCGGCCACAUCUACCCCACCCGCGCCCUGAACCCGGGCCUCGUCUACGACCUCGGCGACAAGGACUACCUCGACUUCCUCUGCGCGCUCAAGUACAACGCCACGGUGAUGCCCAUGUUCAACGGCGCGCCCUACACGUGCCCCAGCGGCGAGGCGCCCCACCGCAUCACGGACCUCAACUACCCGUCCAUCACCGUCGUCAACGUCACGUCCGUGGGCGCCACGGCGCGGCGCAGGGUCAAGAACGUCAGCAAGCCCAGCACGUACAGGGCCAUCGUGGUCGAACCCGCCGGCGUUUCCGUGCUGGUGACCCCCUCGGUGCUCAAGUUCAGCGCCAAGGGGGAGGAGAAGGGGUUCGAGGUGCAGUUCAAGGUGAAGGACGCCGCGCUCGCCAAGGGCUACUCGUUCGGAGCGCUCGUCUGGACCAACGGGAGGCAGUUCGUGAGGAGCCCUCUUGUGGUCAAGGCGGCUUGA